AGGCCGCAGGAGGAAGAAGACGUGUCCCACGUUCAGAUUAGUUUGAGCGGAUAGAUGGAGACAGACAACACCGGUGGCAACAUGGGGGGAAAAGCAGACGUGGAAAUGUCAGAAAACCCAUUAGAACCUUUCAUUGAAUCUCUGAGACAACAGCUGGAAGACCAAGACCCCAUUUUUCUUAUCGGCGUCAUCGUCGCUUUGGCCGUCGUUGUCAUCACCUGUGUGUUUCUGAAGUACUUUCUCUCCAGCAAAACUGUCCGAAGUGCUGUCCUGCUCGUCGGGCUGUGUGACGCUGGGAAAACCCUCCUCUUCAGCCGGCUGUUGUCAGGAAAGUUCAAGCGGACACAGACCUCCAUCACUGACAGCAGUGCUCCAUACAAAGCCAAAAACGAAAGGGGCAGCACCUGGACUCUGAUUGACCUGCCUGGACAUGACAGUCUUCGCUCCCAAUACCUGGAGAAGUUCAAAUCUUCAGCCAGAGCCAUUGUGUUUGUAGUCGACGGCGCUAUUUUCCAGAAGGAGGUGAGGGACGUGGCCGAGUUCCUGUACAUCUUAUUGACGGACACAGUGAUCUCCAGGAAUGCCCCGGCUCUCCUGGUAGCGUGCAACAAACAAGAUAUCACCAUGGCAAAAUCAGCUAAACUGAUACAGCAGCAGCUGGAAAAGGAAAUGAACACCUUGCGAGUGACGCACUCUGCAGCCCUGAGCUCUCAGGACGGCUCUGUGGGCGGCAGUGUGUAUCUGGGGAAAAAAGGCAAAGACUUUGAGUUCAGCCAGCUGCCCCUGAAGGUGGAGUUCCUGGAGUGCAGCGCCCGCGGCAGCAAGGGUGAAGAGGGGGGUGCAGACAUUGAGAGCCUGGAGAAGAGUCUGGCUAAACUGUAAAGGCAGCAACUCAACAUCCGCUGUGCAGAAUUUGACUCAGGCCUCAGUAAUCACAGGAGGGAGGACAUCUCAGUGGAGGAUUUAUUUGAUCGGAGUUACCAGUCAAACAUGGUCCUCUGAGCUGGCUGUCAAUGUAAAACUUAAUUACAUCAAAAGGUGAAGGAACUUUUGAGACAGAUUAAAUUAAAAAGGACUGAAAUAAUGCUUUGGAAAAUGAUGUCGCAGUUUAUCAGGUCGCUCUGCAGUGCUGAGAAAUGAUCAUGUGCUUAUUCAGUGUAAAUGUUACUGUGAACAUCCACUUGAGAGCUUUAUUUGGCUUUAAAACAAAUCUGGUUUAAGGAAUUUCUGUAAAGUACAAUAUUUGCUGUUGCUGCGAUUCAAAGAAAUGGAUACAGUCUGUCAGAGUUUCACCUUUUUUGUUUAAAACUUGAGCAGACGGGCGGGAAUUGGAUUCAUUAAUUUACUUGGACAGUAAGACUUGUGCCUUUAUUUCUAGGAUUCUUAUAGAAGUGUUUUGCUUGUCUGCAAUAGAAUGGUUUACUUGUUUGAAAGUGUUGCGUGAAUACAGUGCAUUUGCUAUGAAUUUAUUGAGAUUUUGUGUUGUGUAAAAAACAAAAAAAAAAAAAAAAACUUGACAAAGUGUUUGCUGCUUGAUUGAUUCAAAUGAGUCCACACAGCACAUUUUCUUAAAUGUUAGAAGAUCCUGUCAGGAUUAAUAAGCAGCAAAUGUGGUUUAAUCAACACAGGAAAAAAAACAAUCUUAAUUGUACAUUACAUCAUUAUAGCUUGCUGUCAGAUCAUGAGGUGCUGCUUUAGACUCAUUUAAAAAAAUGUCUCUUCAAAUAAAGUGUUUGAAAUGUCACAUCCUGGAAACAGCUUUCAGUUGACUUUCUGUCUUUGUAGUCCGGCACCUGGUUUGGAUUGAGAUGUUUUUACUCUACAAGAGCACCGCAGACUCAGUUAAACAUGCAGAUUGCUUUUGUCUAUAAUGUGGUAGAUUUUACAGUCCACAAAAACACAUAUUGCAAAAUAUAUUUCAAAGCAGAACAAUUUUCAUAGGACCACACACAACGUGAGCAAUAUCAGUAAAUCUGUCAUUAAACAAGACCCAAAAAACAAUUACACGUUUAGUUUGUUGAAUGUGUUGUAAAAACAGAUGUUUGUCUGCUUCUGUGAAGAUCUUCACCCACUGUUCAGUGCUUAAAGUUAGAAUUAAAAGUAAGAAUUAAAGGAGAUCCUAACAUCAAAAUCUCCAAGAAAUAAUGAUGCUGCAACUUCUAACAGUAUCAAACACAGGAGUGUAUACUCAAUGUAAACUAAAG